CUUCGCUAUCAGUCAGUGCUUCGGGUCAUUCCGUUGGAAGCGUACGUCUUGCACGCAACCGCGCCCCAAUACGAAAUUCAAAUGCAUUUCGAUCGCGUAUCAUCUCGCAAUCUCUGAUGGUGUGAUUUAUGAAAAUUAUAGUGUCUAAAGAAUAGCAGACGGCAUUAAGUGUAACUUUUCGUUUUUAAUUACAUGUUGUGUUGUGUUCGUGGUACAGGAGAGAGCAAGGAAUGUGUGAUACAUUUUGCAUCAUUGGAUUCGCAGUAUAGAUCGUCUGGUCACACGUCCGAACUCUAUCAACAUGAGAAUAGAAAUGACGAAAUAGUUCGAAAUUCAAAUCGCCGACAUGGGAAGUGGGCUCAGUAGUACCAACAGCAAAAAAUGGCAAGGCAAGAAACGGGAGGUGCCCCCACACGCGGAGUCCUCCAGAAUAUUGUUUCUUCUAUACCUCAUACACAGAACAUGGAAUGUCGUUCUUGAACAUGUUGACUCAAAGAGCGCGAGAUGGCGGGGCUCCCACACAGUGCCGAGUUCCGCCGAGGGCCUCGCCCAGAGAUUCGAUUCUGUCAGCCUCGCGGACUCCGACGCUGGUUCCUGCUACUCAACGUGCAGCUGCAGCUACUGCAGACUCCGGGAGUGCGCCCAAGAUUGUAUCAGUGAACUGACGCUUCUGGAAGGCAUGGCCAACUCCGGUGGAUGGAGCGAUGAGCCUGUAUCAAAGGACAAACAACGUCCUCCUAUUUACAAUCCUGAAGACUACGCGACCUCCUUGAAGAAAUGGGGGAAGAAGAGUGGCGGUGGGAGUCUUUACGACGCAGAGAGCGCACAAGACGCUAACAAAUCCAGGACAUUGCCCAGCCAAAGCAGUAAAGACUUCAGAAACCCAUGUUUGGGCGUCGGUGAAGAGAUGACCCUGCGCCAAUUUGGAACACCAAGCGAACUGCUCACCAAACUAAGGGCAGAUCUCAGACUCUCAUUUCCAAGUUUCGUGCAAGAGUUCGCGUGCGAACCACUAGAUGGCGUUACACUGCUGCUCGAACUCCUGCGCAACGUACAAUUGAGCCAGUCCGGAGAAGGGGCCAAGGGUCCACCUGCUGUUAGGCGGAGACCGCUCCUGGAUGAGCUGGCCUGUUUACAAUGCCUUUGGAGCUGUUGUACCCGGUACCCUGACUGCGUGAGGAGAUUGGUUGCUGGCUCAAACUGCGUCUAUACCUUGACCGUUUGCAUCAUGUCCACAGUUAACAAGUCUCGAGUUUUGGCAUUGCAGCUGCUGACAAAAGCAUGCUUCCCACCAGUUAAUGGUCACAGCAUGAUAUCAGAAGCACUGUCAACGUUGCGCCUUCGUUACGGGGAGCCAGUUCGCUUCAGGUUCCUGGUGGGAAUGCUACAAAGUACUGGUGGUUCAGGGGAGCUGCAGGCCGCAGGCUUGGCCUUUAUCAAUGCCCUACUCAUAAGCGCACCAACUCCCCAGCGAAAGUUGUAUAUACAAGCUGAAUUGGAACAGGCCAGCUUCGAUAUUGUUACUUUGAAGAAGAUGAUUAGUAAAUUGCCUAACGCAAAUGAACAAGUGGCAAAAGAAAUAGAACAUUAUGAAAAACAACUAAUUGAUAUAGACACGUUGAGUGAAAAAGCUAACGAAGCACUGAAAGAGAAAGAUGAUCUCCGUAACAAAUUAGAUCUACUAGAAAAGAGAGUUAAGAUACUUCAAGAAGAGAAAGGAAUAUUAUUAUCUUUAGAGAAAUGUUUGAAGGAAAAAUGCUGCGAACUACAGGAGGAAGUAUCCUCACUUAGAUCUGAACAUGGCAAUAGCAAUAGGAAGAAGACGUUCGUCAUUAAGAAAAAAAAUUCUGCUCAUAAGAAUCGAGACGAAUCUUCACCACCUGAAGAUGAAGGCAUCAGUUCAUCAGAAAGAUCUCUCAGUCCUGAUGGCGACCCUCAAAGAGACUCCGUGGUUUAUGAAGUUUUCAACGUCAAGAAUGAAACUUAUGAUUUGAUGCGAAACAAACGUAAUCUUCAUAAAAAGUUCGAAUCAACGAAAAAAACUGAUAAUAAGAAAUCAUCUGAUGAAGAAGAAGAAACAACCAUAGAUGAAGUUAUUCAAGAACUCAGAAAUAUAGUUAAUCAUGCCGAAUCAGAGCAAUACAAGAAAACGCCAGAUGGAUAUAUGGAUAAUCGAUCAUCUAGAUGUAACCAAACAUCUGAAAUCAACGUAUCUGUAAAAACAUUAGAGUGUCAAAAACACAGAGAAGACGAUAAAGAAGAUUCAGUCACAAGUACCAGACACAGUAUUCAGAUAACAAACAGCAGCAAUGAAUACCUAAACGAUAAUAAUGAAGAAGAAGACGAUGAAGUUAAAAUAAUACCCAGCAAAAUUUUUCCACAUCCACCAAGGAAAGCCAAAAGCUUGAUACAUUUAUUCAUCCCACCGUCUGACCAAGGAUUAAUUUUCAAGCGACCUGAUUUAUACGACGACACUUUUUACUCGAGCGAUGAAGGAUCUGAUUCUUUAUUAAGUGCUUCACAUUGCCAAGAUCAAGUAACUAAAAAUAUAUCAGGGUCAAGUUUCGAUUUUCAAGAAUGUCGAGCAUUAUUCAACUCUUUGUCUGAAAAAGAGAAAAUAGACAAUAGAGUGAAACGCUCCAGAACUUGUUCUAGAGAAGAACCGAAAAGAACUUCUAUCAAACGAAGCGAGUCUUUUCAAACUUCAGAAAAAGGUUCGCGCCAACGAGAAUAUAUUGAUAGUAUGUUUUACAACGAUUCGAAUACCUCUAUAAGCAAGUCCAAUUUACAAAGAUCCAAUUCCAAAUGCAGCCGUGUAGAUGAAAUAGUAAAUUUGAUAGAAUCAAAAAAGCUGACGAAAAGUUUAGACAGAAUUGAUGAGGGAUUGAAUUCGAUGGUUGAUAUAGUGAUGUUGGCGGAACCUAAGAAACCUUCCUGGCCCUAUGAAAGGAGGCAAAGGUCAUGUUCGAGAACAAACAGCGACGCCGGUAAAGAAUCUCCAGUAGUACCAGUGACUAGAUCAAACAGUAAACUGAAUAGUUUCCACCAGAGAUUCGACUUGCGUUCUAAUAAAACCAGAGACGAGGGGAAUAAAAUUGAAUCACAGAAAUUCUAUUUGCCUCAACCUAAACGAAGUACUGGGUCUUACGAUAACCAUACUCCAUCCUACACCAGUCCAUCGUUUCUCGUGAAGCGUGGUCAUAGUAAUGCGGGAUUCUAUUCUGGAACACACAUGUUAAGGGAUGCGCCCGCUAGUAUGACGAGUCUCGUCAUGACUGGAACUCACAGCCACGCCGAUUUAAAAAGAACUUUGUCGCCGAUGGGGACAUCUAGUAACUUCGGAAUUCAUAAAGUAACAGAUAUGCCUUCAGGAUUGUAUUAAUAGUCGCCUUUUCAUCGAUAUUUAUGUAAUCAAACCAACGAUUAAUUUAAGAUAUUUCGUACCUAAUUACUUCGACUAGUGCAAUAUUAUAACCUCUAAGGAAUGGUAGUGUCAACGUAGAAAUACGUUGAUUUAGGAAUGGAUAUUCGUUAGUUGGUUACUGUUAAAAAAUAUUGCUAAUUGUUAACUAAAAUUAGGAUAAUCAAGUUUAAAAAAAAUUGGUGCAUCAAGUAUUUCCUCUUUAAUUUAAAUGUUUUUUUUAGAUUCUUCGAGUAUUUUGAACAGAAUCUUGGUAAUUUUGUAUGUGAGCAAAAUUGGCUUAAGAUCACAAUUUAGUUUUGAUUGCUGCCAGUUUUUGUUUUGGUUUUUUUUUUUUUUGUUAUAAUUAUUUUUUUUUGUACCUACUUCUUUCCUCUUGUUUGCUAAUUUUGGAGAAAAAUAUUCUUAUUGAUUUCUUACGAUAUUAGUUCAAAUUGUGUUUUUUAUCUAUCAAACCUACUCGUGUCAUGGCUGUUAUUUUUAAAUGUUAUCGUAUUUGAAAACAUUCAACAGAUAUUGUUUAGCUUUUUCGACAUUUUUUUAAAAAUAGAAUGAUGUUGAUCAUACCAAAGUCAAACUUCUUAAAUUCACGACUAAAUAUGAAUACGAUGUAGGUACGAGAGAUUUUAUUCAUAAGGACAAUAUACAAUACAUACAGACUGAAUUGUAACGAAGUGGAUUAUUUUUAUUUCAACUAAAAUAAUUCAUUCUAUUCACAUAAUCCUUUAUUGAAUAGCAUGCUAAGUUUUCCUUCUUUGUAACUUUAUACUGUAAAUAUUAAAUUUUUCUUAGCAGCGUAGACAUGUAUAAUGUGAUUGUUUUUAAACAUUAAUUAUAAAGCAAUUCUUACUUA